AUGUCCGCUCCAACGGCUGUGAUGCCGGUUACUUGUACGCCGAUGCCGUGGAAGUCGGCGGUGCUCGCGUACAUGAUUGUCAAUGGCAUCAUGGCCCUCCUCAUGACUCUCGUCGUAUGUGGACGAAUCUAUGCUCGAGUUACAGGGGCUGGCCUCGGUAUCGACGACUGGCUUGCGACGUUGUCCUGGGUACGCAAUAACAGAACCUUUAAUUUCGAUACCAACAACACCGUCACCGUCCUUGCACUAACCGACGAUGAAGUUUCGAAUUGUGGCUCGGGAUACCAGAUAAUAGACGCCAUGGUAAACGUUCCCCUCAUCCUCCGUCUCUCGUUCGCCUUCCAGCUCAUCGUCCUCUACGCUGCUUGCUUCUCCAAAUUAAGCGUCCUCUUCUUUUACACUCGCGUAUUCCAGGUGAAGGGUUUGAUGAUGGCUUCCCACUUGACGCAGGCGCUAAUCGGUUCCUGGACUCUGGCCUUUACAAUGGCCAUUGUCUUCAGCUGCACUCCUGUCUAUGCCCAGUGGGACAUGGUUGCGCAGGCGACUGCAACCUGCAUCAACCAGGUUCGCAUGUUCUUGGGCCUAAUCAUCUCAAAUGCAGCUCUCGACCUUCUCAUUAUGGCCAUCCCGAUCCGAAGCAUUCUCCAGCUCCAGAUGAGACUCACCGACAAGAUCGGUGUACUGACCUGUAUUCUUCUCGGACUUAUUGCCGUGAUUGCCGCUGUUGCCCGAGGCGCCUACACUGCAUCCGUCGACUUCACCAACAUCACCGGAACCAUGCCCGUCAGCGUCUUCCUCUCCACCCUCGAGCCCAUAUUGUCCAUCAUCUGCAUCAGCUUGCCGCCUCUCCGACCUCUGUGGCGACGCUAUCGAGGUGAUCCCUCCAGCGGCGCCGGAACCAUGGAACUCUCGGAAUACAGCCACCACAGCUCAAGUCGGGGGAUGCACAGGUCCAAGGGCAUCCGCGUCACCAAGGACACGAGCAUCAACUAUAGGUCCAAGGAAACGGAGCAUGGCGACCAAACCGGUCUGCACUUUGACGAAUCCGGGUCCGAGAGGAACCUGACCACCACCGUCACGGGCGCAAACAGGUGGUCCAAAUAA